AUGCCCUCAGACUUCUCAAACCCGGUCUCAAAUGCGACUUCACCGGCUGCGUCGAUGUCACCGGCUGCGCAUAGAGCGGUCUCGCCAUCAGACGAUGGCCGAUCAAGUAAUGCCAGUCGGGCACCAAGCCAGGACCCAUACUACUCCAACGAAGACAUAGCUACAUUGCACGCGGUAGUUGUCGCUGCCCAGGAGUUGCUCGACUCGGCGCCCGAACCCAAACCUCUACCAGCGGCUGCGUUGUUCAAGGCAUACGAUGCCAUACUCCCCACGUAUGGAAUCGAUCCAGAUUCAGAUCAUCACUUGUCGACUUUCGUCUUCCGCGUUGGAGGUGAGCAAGGCGAAGGCAGCUUGCUUGAUAAGUUUCAAUCCAUCCUGAACCGAAUGGGCAUUGUGUUGGAGUUUGGUGAUAAUACGACGGUUUCGGUUCGGACCUCAACCUCCCAGUCCCCAGCAGCAUCCUCAACAAGUCGUCAAAGUAAUGCAUCAAUACAACAGAAAGAGAACCAACAGGAUAACCAGCAAAACGGAUAUGUUACCGCCGAAGUGGAAGCCCCUCAGCCACUGCUCUCGUCUUCUCCGCUUCCCUCGCCUUCACCAUCGCCGCCGCCAAGAUCACCGUAUCACCAACAAGAUGAACAUGAACAUGAACAUGAACAUGAACAAGAUUUCUCUGAAACCGAUGAGGAGGAUGGCCAAUAUGAGGAAAUGCGAAAGGCUGUUGUAUCAUCGGCUAUGAACCGCUGGCGUUCUUUGGUUGCAAACCGCCGAGCGCAGCCCGCGCAACGGAUACCUUCAUUUCCAAGCAUACCCGAGGAAGCAUCUACCGAUGUCAGGAACUUUGAGGCCUAUUCCCAUGAUGGGAAGCCCGAAGUGACUGCAAACGGAACCGCGACGUCAGUGCAGGUGAAUGGUAUUGAGCCGCAUAGUCAACCUUCUGUGAAGGAACCGACCGAUAUACAAACAAAGCCAGUGUCUACUCAAUCGUUCAUGCAUCAGCCUCUUGCGGUCCUUAGCAAUGCGAUCCGAUCAACGGCGUCUCUGAUUCGAGACCAUACACCGCAAGUUGUGCAUGAUGAAGAACACCCGCUCCAUGACGAUGAAGUGCCGCAAAGUCCCAGGGAGGGCUCUAACAGGCCAGAUGAAAUUGAAGAGGCACCAUCCGAUAGUAUACACGAUGCACAAGAGGUGCAUUCCCCUACGGUAGUGGCCCAGCACAGCACAGCAAAUCAUAACGAGGGCACAAUUACUCAUCAUUCUGCACACCAAGAAUACCAGGAAGACCCGCCGAUGCAGCAAGCAGCGGCCGAGGACGAUCUUUUGACACCCGAGCAGCAGAUUGAGUCUGAAAAAGAACACAACCGACUUCUCAAACGGGCCAGCAGAGCUCGUGAAAUUUACCUAGCGAGCAAGGUUUUCAAUCACUGGGCCGAUCGUACUGCGCGUCGUCUUGAACGAGAUGCUGUCGCAAGACGACAUAUGAUACGCUUUCGCUACUUUCGAUCUUGGAGUCAAGCCCCUGCGCUUCGGGAACCCACCAUUGAUGAUAUGAGGACAGCUGUCAUUGUAAAAAAGUGGCAACGGGCCGUCAUAAAGGACAGGAACCUCCAAGAGAUUGCACGAACGACUGCUCGGGCUUACGAGCUUGGUAAAAUUCAGCGUGUUCUCGAUUGCUGGCAUUGCCAUCGCCUCAAGCAUUUGGGCUGCCAAAUGACAGCUUCGCGUAGCAGAUCCGGGGCGGUCUCAAAGUGGUUGUCGAAGGCUUCUCAUGACGAGGCUCUUCAACAAGCUAUAAGAAUCCAAUCAGGUCUGCGACUUCGAGUGGAUGCCAUUCACCAAUGGCAGGGGCAUAAACAAAGAGAAACCCGUCUGUCAGUUACUUCUCGACGUAUCGGAGAGAUUCAGUAUUCUUUUACCUACCUACGAGAAUGGUGGGAUCAAGCCGAAACUAAACGAAGGGCAGUUGAUUAUCGCCAGCGACUUAUGGCCAAGAAGGUCAAUUUUACUUUUGACCAGUGGAACCUCAGAGCUAGAGCUCAAGCCUUUCAAUGGAGACGCGAAUAUCUUCAGGUUGGGCGGGCAUUCGAUCGAUGGCUUCAGUGUGCGGAACACGACAGAGACAUGGUGAGGAGAACAGAAGAAUACUAUGAGGAGCAGACCAAGGCCAAGGUUCUAAGAAACUUCAGAAGACUUCAUUAUGAUUCUUCCCAGAUGGUACACUUGGAGGCCCGAGCUCGUCUAUAUCUUGGAGCAACUACAGUGUUGCGAGUCUUCGAUCGAACGAUAAGGAAUCGUAGAGACCAAGACAAACAGCAUAUUAAGAGAUAUCUAAUGGCACGAUACACGCAGGUAUCAUCUGCCAGGAAGAAGCGGAAUUGCUUCAAUGCCAUUGAUAAAUGGAAAUCUUUGGCUGCGGAGGACCGAGUUGAAAGCGACAUGGCACAGGAGUUGCUAGCUCGGAAGGUAUCGCAUCAACUGACGUUGGUAGUGGAUACAUGGAUAAACCAGGCGGAUAUGGACCAGCGGCACAUGCAGGCGUCACAGCUUCAUCGUGCGCAUGAGUGGUUAGAAACCUGGACGGCAUACGCCAGAGACCUCGAGCAACAAGACACCGAAGCCUGGCAACUUUGGGCAUCUGACAAACAACGGCAGUCCCUCAAAUCUUGGUCGAUUGCAUCGUUGCAACAGAGCGGGCAAGCCCACACAGCGUUGGAGGUUCAAAAGAAGCACGAACGUGAGAGACGCAACCGAGUCCUGCAGUAUUGGAAGCAGCGGGACGACAGAAUCCGCACCACUGUACCCGAGACUCGCCCGUAUCCAAACUCGUUACCUACUGCGUGGCCGCGCAGUGGCUGGAGGAUGACUUCGGGAAGGCGUUCCAUGGCUAAUCGCAAUGAUCGAGCUUAUGAUUACCUCAGUACACCACUUGAAACACCCACUCGAUGGACUGGCCAGCCGUUCUCCAUGUCGACGAUGAUGCCGCCAGGAUCAAUGGCGCCACUCAGAGAGGCUGAUGAAAACGACGAGGCCUUCUCGCUUGCUGGUGAUGAAGAUGAUGUAGAACUACCAGCAUCACCAUCCCUGAGGCCUGCCUCGAGAGGUCCUUCUCAGUUCUCGUCUUUGCCAUCGACAACCCCCAUGGCGCCAGUACCUUCGCAUUUAGAGCGUGGUGCGCGAGGACGAGGCAACGCAUCCGACCACGGUUUUGUAGUCAGAGGAACACCAAGACGUUCGCGAAUGCCACAAUUUGAAACGUCUCAAUCGGUGCCAGGGCUGUCCAAAGCAGGCGAAAAUUCCGAGUCUGCAGACCUCAGCCAGUUCCAGCUUUCGCAGCAGCCACUCACUUCAAGGAAAUCUUUCGGAUCUAAGCCUUUGAAUGGACGUACCAUUGGGCCUCAACCCUCUUCGCCAGAGCCAAAUCUUCCAGGCGUGAGCAGAUGCCAUGGAAUUCUGCAGACAGUCUAUGACGAGGGAGAACAAACCCUAGAAGCCAUCACAUUUGAUGAGGCGACAGGCAAGAUUGCUACCUGCACGCUGACCCAAGUUCGCGUGUACAAACCACUUGGAUCGCGCGAGGACACAUUGAAGUGGGCUCUUCAAGCGACUUUCGACAUUCCCUUCCCCAACCCCGACGAAACGCCGUGCACAUUAUCCUGGGGUAGCUCCGAGGAGCUUCUGGUGGCCACUCAAUGCCUAUCCCUAUUCGAUACCAAGACCGAGCCGAGGUGUCUCUGGCAGAAAGAGCUGCCGAGCAUCGCCAAAUAUGCCAUACUAUCAUACGACUCGAGAUACAUCGCUUCGACGGGCCAUCAUGAUCACUUAAUCAAGGUCUGGCGCAGGCUCAAUUUUGGUGCCGACGAAGUUCGCUUCGAUCUCACAUAUCUUCGACACCCGAACAUUAUAACAUCGGUGAGGUGGCGCAGGCCAUUUCACGUAGAACAGGCCUCGGAUAACGUCUUGUACACCGUAUGCCUUGAUAAAUGCAUCCGCGUGUGGACGCCGACCGACACGCCUGAUGGGAAGCACUGGCAGCUAUGGGGUCAGGUUGAUGUUUCUGCGCCGUCGCAAGAAAACCCAGAAGGGGUUGACAUGCGCUUUGCUCUAGUUCUCGACGGAAGAGAUUUCACAGCUUCCGUUGAACAAGCUGUGCAGGCGCGAAUGUCUGACGACUUGAACACUGACGACCCUGUCGCUCUCGACCACCUGGUCGCAAUCGCAACCAAAAACCCAGAGGUCUGUAUAGCCUUCGAUGGAAAAGGAAUUAUGUCAGCCUGGGCCCUGGAGAACGUUGGUAGCACCACUGCGAGCUCGCCAACUCUCUUCAAGGUGGCCCAAGUUACCGACGUUCAUUUUGAACUUCUUGGUAAAUUUCUACCAGCUCAUGAGACCCCACAUACCGAAAUCCAGACGUAUUGCGACAAAGAAAGUGGCAAGGUUCACUUCAUGGUGCACGCAUUUGAUGGGCGGAUAGGUGUCUUCAGUGGAAGCGUUGCCGAUUUAUUCGAUCCCACAACAAACGAUCGGCGCCUCUCAUUACAGACGAUCUGGUCUGGUCAUUCGUCUUCCAUCACCAAGAUUGUGCGAAACUACAGCGGUCGAGCAGUAGUCUCUCGCACACAAGAUGGCGAGAGCAUUGUCUGGAAACAUCUAUUGGCCCCCCAGGAUAACUCAGGCCUUGCUCUUACAAGGGCGAGCGUCAUACCAGAAAAGGGGCAUAUACAUCGAAUAUGCGUGUUGAGAAAGGGGCGGUUCGUGGUAUUCCUUCGCCACGGAACCAUUUCGCUUUGGGAUUGCAGGACUCGCCGAGCUGCUCUCCUCGCCCAAUGUGACUACAAGGCUACAGGAAAACCACUUUGCCUUAUCAUAUUGCCUCGGUCGGAUGUCAAGAAUUAUACCGUCGCCCACAUCGCAACUAUAACCUCGGAAGGGCAAGGCAUUGUGUGGGAGAUUCAAUUGCCUCGUUACUUUGACGAUCCAAAAACAGUAGUGGGCGCAGGUCUUGAAGAGCUGAGCCGUUUCGAACUAAAAGACAUAAAGAACCUGGCAUACGUUCUGCCAGUAGAUCCUGCUGGCUCUCAGCCUGUUGUCUCAGGAUUUCUAGAUAUCUUUGCUCGCGACGUCGCCAUUUCUUAUACUCAUACAGGUCGCGUGGACUUCUGGACUGCACGAGUUGACCCUGAACAGCGCAGUGUCGGAUGGCUAUCCACAUGCACCACAGAGACGGGUAUUUCCCAGCCAGCCUUGGUUAGUGGAAGUACCUUGAAGAAGGCCGCUCUGGUGAAUAUGUCGCGAUCGCAGCUUACAAUCUGGGACAUUGGCGGUGCUCGUCUUGAGUACGAAAACAACUUCCAAGAACACCAGAUUAUACAAGACUUGGACUGGACAUCAACGCCUGAUGGUCAAUCGAUCCUCGCCGUCGGCUUCCCUUAUCGAGUUAUCCUACUUUCCCAAAUGCGAUUUGACUAUCUCAACAAAGGCCCAGCUUGGGCUCAGAUUCGCGAGAUCAGCAUUCGAGAACUUACACCACACCCAAUUGGCGACUCAACCUGGUUGGGCGAUGGCCACUUGGUUAUUGGCGCAGGUAACCAAAUGUUUGUACAGGACAGACAUGUUGGGGUCUCUGAGUCGACGAAGGCGGAUCUGCGGCUUCCCUUACGUAAAGACGGCAACUUGGACCUGUUCCAGGUUGUUCAACGGUUCAACGGCCCUUUGCCAGUAUUUCACCCCCAGUUUCUCAUUCAAUGCAUUUUAUCAGGAAAAGCCAAGCUUGUGCGGCGCAUCCUAGUGAACUUGUAUAAGACGUUAAAGUACCAUAUCGAAGGGGAGACUCUGGAUGACUACCUGGGGAUGGAUAUAACCGAGUUCUAUGUGCCUGGGCAAAGUCAUACACUGGCCAGUGACAGGUCCAACGGCGUCUAUCUCAAUGGAAACCAGACUGAUGACGUCGAUGAUGAAGAUGUUUUCACUGAGCAGACUGCCGUAUCGAUUAAUGAAAAAUUAGUCAAGACUAACAUUGCACAACUUUCUGGACACGAGCAAAUUCAACUAGCAGACAUUGUCGAAUGUGUAUCGCUUGUUGAACGUCACCGUCGUUCGAUGGACGAAAACGGGGCUCGAUUUAUGCUGCUGUUCCGCCAACAUGCUCUCCGCAAAGGACGUACAAAUGAAAUGCAUCUGUCAUGGCGAGAAAUCAAUUGGGCCUUUCAUUCCAACAGCCAAGACAUUCUAGUAGACUUUGUAUCGCGACAGAACCAUGGCAACAUGCUGUGGGAGCACGCCCGUGAGAGUGGCUUGUUCAUGUGGUUGACCGACUCAACUGCGCUGAAAGCCCAGUUUGAGCUGAUCGCCCGGAAUGAAUAUACGAAAAACGAAGUCAAGAACCCAGUUCACUGUAGUUUAUAUUACCUUGCCCUUCGCAAGAAGACCAUUCUUCAAGGCUUGUGGAGAAUGGCGAACUGGAAUAAAGAACAGGCAGCGACUCAACGAUUAUUGGCAAACAACUUUGAAGAUCCCAAAUGGAGAUCGGCGGCUCUGAAGAACGCCUAUGCUUUGCUUAGUAGGAGACGUUUUGAGUAUGCUGCUGCGUUUUUCCUUCUUGCUGACCACCUCCAUGACGCCGUUCAGGUCUGCUUGAAUCAACUCAAAGACAUGCAACUUGCUAUAACUAUAUCUCGGGUAUAUGAAGGUGAUGACGGACCGGUACUGCGCCGACUCCUCCAAGAUACAGUUUUGCCACUCGCAGCUCAAGAAGGCAACCGCUGGCUGGCGGCGUGGGCGUUCUGGAUGCUUGGCCGGAAGGAUGUUGCUGUACGAGCACUCAUUACUCCGGUUUACACCCUCCUGGAAACACCUUGCUCUCCCGACAUCAAGUCUCGGCUGUACCUUACUGACGACCCUGCUUUGGUCGUACUCUACUCUCACUUGCGUCACCAAACGUUGCAGACUUUAAGAGGAGCCUCUAAGAUUACCCCGAAAGUCGAGUGGGAGUUUGUGCUGCACAGUGCAAAGCUGUACGACCGAAUGGGUUGUGAUCUCCUCGGGUUGGAUAUAGUACGGAAUUGGGAGUUCCAGAAGUCCCCAGGACCAAGUGGCCUUGGUGGGGAGGUCAACCCCCUUAAGCUGCUUCGAAGGAGAAGCUCGCUGGUAGUUGCUGACUUGCCGUCACCCACUCUUCGCUUUGAGUCACAUCGAGAGAACAAGAAGACGGUCAAGGCGCCCCCAACGACUUUUGAGGAGCCAGAUGCAGGGUCCCUUCUGGAUAGCUUUGGGUUUUGA